UGAUCAACCUUCUUCAGCAAACUAUCUCCUCUCGUCGACUAUGGCUCCAUCUCAUAUCAAGGAUGAUUGGAUGUCUAUUGAGCCUGAGCAGGGCAUCCCUCAACUGAGGGAACUGGACGAACGAGCGGAGAGCCAGUUCAAGCAUCAAAGGCUAGAGAAAGGAAAGUACUUCCGCCUCUUGCGGCUCCACUCAAACCCUGUCCAGGGAGACCUCAUCCACUGCAGACUACAGCACUUUGAACUGGAGUCUGCACCGUCCUAUCGAGCCGUCUCAUACGUUUGGGGCAAUCCUGGGCCAAACCAAGUCAUCUAUAUUGGAGAUCCGCCCUAUCAGGAGAUGGAAGUUGGUGAGAACUUGUACACUCUUCUCCUGUGCGUUCGUGCUGAAAGCGACUGCUGGCUGUGGGUCGAUGCUUUAUGUAUCGACCAAUCGUCAAAAUCUGAGCGCAAUCACCAGAUACCGCUGAUGGGCCUGAUAUACUCAAAUGCCAACACCGUGCUUGGAUGGUUAGGGCGCGGGAAUCACAACAUCGAGCAAGCCUUCGAAUUCAUCUCCAGGGCGGCUCAGUAUGGUGUGUCAAACUACUGCCAGUCUCAGCAUGAUUCGGAUGAACCAGUGCAAUUCAGCAAUCCCUUCAUCAUCACCGAUAUGCCGGGAUGGCAACACGACUGGCGCUGCUUUGUACACUUUGCAAAACUUGAGUACUGGACAAGACGAUGGAUUAUCCAGGAACUUGUUCUUGCAAAGAGUGUCGUUCUCCAAGCAGGUUGGCAAAAGCUUUCAAUGGAUGACGUUGAGAAAUUUUUUAAAGAUCUUAAAGAGAAUCCAUACAAGAACCUUGCACGAGGACGUAAAUGGGAAAAGCUGAUGCAAGAGCUCCUUCCGGAAAGCCACACUUCAAAACAACAGCUAGAGUGCUCAUCUUGUUCUUAUUCAACAGACAAGUUCCCUCGUUUACCGCUAGCCUGUCUUGCCCGUCACAGACUAGAGAAUAACUUUAAGAACGAGUUUACACCGAAGCUGCGAGAGUUGAUGCAUCGAUACGACGAAUUCAAAUGCAAAGAGCCCAGCGAUACUGUAUACGCGCUCUAUAACCUACUUGGGGAGCAUCGACAGUUCCUUGAAGUCGACUAUACUCAAACUCCCGCUAGUCGGUGUAUCUCAGUCCUGGAAUUCCUUCGAGACCACGAGGGUAUGACGGGACCGCAGACCAUAGGAUAUGCCAACUUCCUCUACAAUCGUCUUUGCCGAGGGGUGGAACAGCAGAGCAUGCACAGCGCGGAACUAAAAAAGCUGGGAAGUGAAUCUUCAUUCACGACUAUUCUGUUUGAUCUCGGUCCGGCGAAAAAGAAAAAGGAUACGAGGCGCAUUCUCAGGCUUCGGGAGCGGACUCCGCCUUUGAGAGCGAUGCCUAAGCGCUUGAUACAGAGAAAUCAUUCUCGGUGGACAGCCCAGCCUUGUGCUGAUCAGCCAAAAGAAGAUGCCAUUCCAGGGGCAGAUAUUGUAAAUCCAGAUGAUUUAGUAUGCUUCAGUGUUAACUGCUACGGGCUGAUCAGUGGGUUAUCGACCUGUUUAAUCAAGGAUGGAGAUCGUAUUUGGCAUCCCAAAACGAUGAAUAUGGCGUUCGUCAUGCGGCCAAAACCUUCCUUGGACGGACCACUGUUUGAAAUAGCAGGAAGGGCCGCAAUCUACCCUGGAACUGACUGUACGGGAAGUAGAUCGGAACUCGAUAUUGAGGAGGAGAACGCGGCUAGCUUUUGGUCCGAGAGUCGUCAGGAAAUAGAACCGCGUGUGCAAGAAGUUCUUCUCAAGCCCACUGAACUUCUCGAUCUAGCAUUCUGGGCUGAUAGCACUGGGCCGGAAAGGAACCCUUCUAAUGGUUAGGCGGGAUGAAUAUAAAGCUGUUAAAACAUGCAAUAAGAGAGGAAUCUUACGGCACUGCUUAAGAAAGCUUACAUUCUGCAGUAAAACAUUGGUCAUCGUCUGUUA